AUGCAAACACAUUUGAACAGAAACGAAAAAGAAGUGAUAGAUAUGGUGGAUAUGAAAAGGAAAAUAGAUAGUAAUGAUCCAUCUUCCAAACAAAUAAAGACACAGCUGCGUACUUCUGUGAUCCAGGCAGGUGAUGCUUUAGAAGAAGUCAAAUUGAGACCAGAGGUUAAACUUGUGAGCCCUCAGAGAAUAUAUGCAACUAAUCUUCGCAAGCAGACAGCAACAAUCGCACAGGCAUUAAGUUUGGAUUCACAGCAACUGAAAAACGUUUGUAAUCACUUGGGGCACACACAAAAGGUCCAUGAUGCAUUUUAUCGACAGACUUCUGGUCUAGUAGAAAGAAUAGAUAUUGCCAAAUUAAUGCUGAUGCAAGAACACAACCUUGUUGGCAAAUAUGCUAACAAGAAAUUAUCAGAAAUCCAGUUUGAAGAACUUGAAGAGUCUAUCCAUGAGAGCAAGGGAGGAGACACCGAUGCAACUGCUUCAGAUUCCCAUCUUGAUGAUUGGGAACUAUCUGGCAUGGUAGAUUCCUUUAGUGAACAACCACAGAAAAAGAAGUCACAGAAAGUAAGAGUGAAAUGGACCGAGGUUGAAGAAAAUGAGAUCAAGAAAUACUUCUCCUCAUAUUUUGAUGGGACCAUAAAAAAAACUUGCCCUUCGCAACAACACUGUCUUCUGGCAGUGAAGAAAAGUGCAGAAAACCAAGGAGAAUUACACCGAAGAAAAUGGGAUACAUUAAAGAAGAAGGUUUCAAACAUGCUGCUAAAAAAUGCCAAGUACUCUACAGGAUAA